AGCAGCACAGGUCCCUCUCCAGUGCGCAUGCUCUGAACACUUGGAUGCAACUUCACCGGUGGAUCAGCACCGCCUGUCGCCCACAGCAGCACCAUCAUCAUCAUCAUCAGCACCAUCAUCCUCCUCCUCAUCAUCAUCAGCACCAUCCUCCUCCUCCUCCUCUUCCUCAGCAGCAGCAGCAGCAUCAGUGUGAUGAAGCAGCGGAGGACAGAGACCCUCCUGCUCUGAGACACUGGAUCAGCCCACUGACAGGAUGACCGAGGUGAUGAACUCUCUGGAGCCGGGGGCCGAGGACUUCAGCGGGGGAGGAGCAGGCGGCGCCGAGGGCCCGAUCUUCCCAGACGCCCAUGAAAGGUUUCCCAAGUUGUCCAAGAGGCUUCCCUCCAUCGUGGUGGAGCCGAUGGACGGAGCCGAGGUGGAGAGCGGGGAGCUCCGCUGGCCGCCGGACGAGCCGAGCUCUCCGGACGCCAAGACCGAGAGACAGAGCCCGGAGGAACAAGCUGGAGAUGAGGAAGAGUCGAGCGUGGACGAUGAGGCGUCAGCGGCGGAGAUGCAGGACUCCAACUGAACCAACUCUGUGAAAUCCACCGUCACUGUGAGUGUGUCCGGACUCUGAUGAGUGGACGAAGUAGACGAGCUCUUUGUGUGUAGACAGAUCAGGAGACAGAGGAGGUAGACAGACAGAUUCCCAGACCCCAGCUCACAGGCUUGGAGCCAGAGUCCAGUCGGCACCUUAUUUUCAUGUUCUGUGCGGAUGAAGGAGCUUUUACUGACACGUGUUCGAUAAUAAAGUCACUGACGAGACCAAGUUCACUUCCUGAAACCUUUUUCUCACCACUUUGUACCUGUUGACUAAAUUUCCUGCUGUCAAGCAAACGUCUGGAAGUUAGAGCCCGACCGAUAUGUUGAGAAACAAACCGAUAAUCGACUCACGAUUAAGCACGAUAUGAACAAACAUUAGAGAAAAGAUGUACUUUGCUGUUGAUGAUGUGUAUCUGCUUUGUUUUAUAUAUUUAGUUGUAUUUGUGUUUUAUUACUUUUAUUUAUAGAUAUUUAUAAUAAAGUUGAUGGUUAUUUUCGUUACAUUUCUGUACCAGUAGGGUUUGAUAACAACAUCUUAGAAAUCACUGCCAAUUCUUUUAAUACAAGUUUUUCGAAGAUUUUUUUACUCCUUAGUCUCGUGUCGUGUCUGAAGAUCCGUAUCGGUCCGGCUCUGUGGGAAAUGAGGAAAAGAUCUUUUGGCAGCAGACAUGUUUUAAUGUCCCACUUUCCCUGUCACAUUCCAGCUCUGUGAUUUUUAUAUCAACAAACCUUUUUUUUAAAUUUGAUAAAAGUUAAUUUUCUGUCUCUGGCUCCGAGCCCUCUCCGUCCAGGUGCCCACGGUGUCGUCUCCACAUCUGGACACAUGUUUCUAAAAGCUGUCUUAAGUCUUAUGUGCCAUACGACUGCUGUUACUGAUGGUAGCUGCUGUAUCUAGUGCACAGGUUUUACACUUUAGAUGUCAGUGUGACCUCUCUGUGUGUUGAGUGCUCACUGCUGUAGUUUGGUGAUCUUGGUCUCACUGUUCACAUUGUGAUAAUAGCUACGGUGUUUUAGAGGAGCAGAAUUUGAUGAAGAACAAAUCUGUCACUUUAUUUGAUGUUGUUACAUUCUAUGAUAUAUUCUGAUGUGUAGGCAUCGUCUUCAUGCAGUAGGCGUUAAAGGGAAAGUAACCCUGUUCUGUUUUACUUAAGAUAUUUGAGCAAUAGGAAUUUAAAAGCACUACAUUUUGUUAUAGACUACAGAAGUAACAAGAACCAGUAUAUUUUAAGUGUGACUCGCUUGUUACAGACAUGAUAUUUUUUAAACAUACUGGAAACCUAAAUUAUUGCACAACUAAUAAACCUUUUGAAAAUUCUUAAA